ACUGUUAUUAGGUAACUGAGUGUCAAUACCCACGAAAAAUCGUUAAAGGAAAACAACAAAACAUUAUUUUGAUGUAUUUUGUCCGUUAGAUAUUAUUUUGAGUUUUGACCAACCGUAGACGUUUGUUUCUAUGCGGAACGAACCACCACAAAUUCAAAUAAUAUUAAUAUUUUUGUUCGACACAUCACACCGUGGAUAGUACGAAUUGAGAUAUUAUGCUAAUUGUCAAUAUCGUAAUACGUGGUGGAUAGCGAUUGUCGUGAUUCUGUGGUUACUGAUCUAAGGUCAUUCGUCUUAUCGUCUCGAUUGUCUUAUCAAAUUAGUCGUCCCCCGAUCACUGGUGGUCGCUAGUCCGUCGUGAAUAUAUUUUAAAUUGUUGAAACUCUAGUCAACUUACUAGUUACUGUCUACAUGUUUUUAUUCACGUUUUUAUAUGUAUAAAAUAUAAUAUAUUAUAAUUAUUAAUAACAUUAUAUUCAUUAUUGUGACGGCUUUUAUUAAUGCACCCAAUUUUUAUCAGGAUUUGACACGACUUACGAUCGUUUAUUUCUUUCAACUGAUAACUUACACUAUAGGCUCAUUGUAACCGAACUCGACAACCACAGUACUUAAACCGGAAUUUUAAAUGCUCAUGGAUCAACAACGAAUUUUGUGUUUUCAUCAAGGCCUGUUAAGUUGUCCCACCUACUUGUACGAGUAGAUAUCAAGAGCAAUCCUAUGCCAUUUUUUUUUUACAAAAAUUUGCAACAUAGUUUGGUUAUAUGGAAAUGCUAUCAAAUGGAUAUAGAUGUAUCAAAAAAUGUACCAAAGCAUUAAAGCAAUCCUUAUUUGAUUGGAUCCUUCAUAAAUUUAACAAUUUAUUGACCAGAACAAUGAGUGACAUCCCAACAGCAUCUACAUCAACAGCAUCUACAUCAUCAGCUUCAACGUCACAAACCAUGCCAUAUACUUUUGACAACCAGUGUCCACUACGAGAUUUAGAUUAUACAACAACAGACGAAUCAGAAAUGUCGUCCGAUGAAUCAGAAAUGAUUGAUGAUGAAUCAAGUUACUCAAAUGAUAAUAUUUGUAAGCUGAAUCCAAUAAUUGACGAUAACAUGGACGAUACGUCAUGGUCGUCUACAGCAUCAUCUAAUACAUCAUAUGGAGAUAAAUCAAGUUCUGAAAAUUCUGAAACUGAAUCAAUUUUAAAAGAGUUGAUUAGAGAGAGCUGGACUCUUGAUAAAUCAACUAAUAAUCAAGAAAACACAGAUAGUUUCAUAUCACCAAUACUCAUAUUAGUACAGCAACCAUGUGAAACUGAAGGCCAGAUGAAUGAAAUUGGAAUCGACCUGAUCAAUGUGGAAGAACACGCAAAAAGACUUAAAGAACUUGAAAAAGAAAUAGAUUUCAUAGAAUCAACAGAAUGGAUGUAUCGCCCAAUAGACUCAUCUAUUAGAUAAUAUUAACUAAUUUAACAAUCAAAUUUGUUAUACAUAUUCACAUUCUUCUAUUAAAAGACAAAAAUUGCUGAAACAAAUUUUAAAUUAAAAAAAAUAUAAACUCGAAUGUAAUGAAUUUUUAAACAAUA